UGGCUUACAGAAGAGACGAAAUGUGGUCUGAAGGACGAUAUGAAUAUGAAAGAAUUCCGAGAGAACGAGCACCUCCUCGAAGUCAUCCCAGCGAUGGCUACAAUAGACUAGUUAAUAUUGUGCCAAAGAAACCACCACUGCUAGACAGACCUGGUGAAGGAAGCUACAAUAGAUAUUACAGUCAUGUUGAUUACCGAGACUAUGACGAGGGCCGCAGUUUUUCUCAUGAUCGAAGAAGUGGUCCACCUCACAGAGGAGAUGAAUCUGGUUAUAGAUGGACAAGAGAUGAUCAUUCUGCAAGCAGGCAACCUGAAUACAGGGACAUGAGAGAUGGCUUUAGAAGAAAAAGUUUCUACUCUUCCCAUUAUGCGAGAGAGCGGUCUCCUCAUAAAAGGGACAAUACUUUUUUCAGAGAAUCACCUGUUGGCCGAAAGGAUUCUCCACACAGCAGAUCUGGUUCCAGUGUCAGUAGCAGAAGCUACUCUCCAGAAAGGAGCAAAUCAUACUCUUUCCAUCAGUCUCAACAUAGAAAGUCCGUGCGUCCUGGUGCCUCCUACAAACGGCAGAAUGAAGGAAAUCCUGAAAGAGAUAAAGAGAGGCCUGUCCAGUCUUUGAAAACAUCAAGAGAUACUUCACCCUCAAGUGGUUCAGCAGUUUCUUCAUCAAAGGUGUUAGACAAACCCAGUAGGCUAACUGAAAAGGAACUUGCUGAGGCUGCAAGCAAGUGGGCUGCUGAAAAGCUAGAGAAAUCAGAUGAAAGUAACUUGCCUGAAAUUUCUGAGUAUGAGGCGGGAUCCACAGCACCAUUGUUUACUGACCAGCCAGAGGAACCUGAGUCAAACACAACACAUGGGAUAGAAUUAUUUGAAGAUAGUCAGCUAACCACUCGCUCUAAAGCAAUAGCAUCAAAAACCAAGGAGAUUGAACAGGUUUACCGACAAGACUGUGAAACUUUCGGGAUGGUGGUGAAAAUGCUGAUUGAAAAAGAUCCUUCAUUAGAAAAGUCUAUACAGUUUGCAUUGAGGCAGAAUUUACAUGAAAUAGAGUCUGCAGGACAGACUUGGCAGCAGGUGCCCCCUGUGAGGAACGCUGAAAUGGAUCACGACGGAACCCCCGAAAAUGAAGGCGAAGAGACUGCGCAGUCAGUAAGUCAUUGGUGCCCGCUCGGGAUUUCCAAGUUCAGGGGAAUUCUCAAGCUAGGGUUUCAUCAUGGGAUAACAGCUAUCCGCACAACAGAAACAGUAUAUAAAAGUAUUGAAACAACUGCUUAAAGCUAGCGGAGCCUCGGUUUCACAGGCUUAAUUAAGGGACCCAAUGCAAACUGUUGUUUCCCAUAAUCCAUGGUUCCCAGAAGGAGGCACGCUGGACCUAGAGCUUUGGGAAAAAAUGGGGAGAAAUCUUAAACGAUAUCAUGCACAAGGGCAGUGGGUCCCAGUAACAUCUUUAACGUUAUGGGCCUUAGUUAAGGCUACUUUGGCCCUGCUCUACACAGAAGAGCCUAAGAAGGGAAAGGAGGAGGAACCAUCACCUUAUCGCCUCCUCUUCCUCCCUCAGUCCCGCCGUUACCAGAUAAAGAUACCAAAGAGGAAACGGAGGUUUUCCCUGAGCACCCUCCCCCAAUAAAUUGGAAAAAAGACAAGGGAUACACUACAGCUAUGGGACCCUGUCUUAGGCAAGUGGCCUUAGAAGGGGACCUCUUGGCCUGCCCAGUGAUACAAAAUUGACAAGGCAAUCAAGUAUAUGAACCCAUUACUUUUUAUGCUUAUGAAGAGAUAAGAAAAAGCAUUAGAGAAAACGGAGCUGCUAGUAGCCCAUAUACGAAAGGAUUAAUUAAGGCCAUAGCAGCAACUUCCGUAUAACCCUAUAGGACUGGUCAGUGCUAGCUAAAACAAUUUUAGAGGCCAGUCAGUACCUCUCCUGGAGGACAGAAUUUGAUGAAUUACAUAAACAGCAAACCUCUUUCUAGUAAUAGCCACUGUUACAAUUCCUCCUCUAUCCCUGAUGUGGCUGUCUUAAAAUCCUAUUUGGGUAGAACAGUGGCCUUUAAAGGGAGAGAAAUUACAAUGGAGCCAAUGAAUUAGUUGAGGAACAAUUAAAAGCCAGCCAUGUAGAACCAUCAAACAGCCCUUGGAAUUUGCCCAUUUUCGUCAUUCCCCAAACGUCUGGCAAAUGGAGACUUUUGCAUGACUUACAAGCUAUCAAUGCUAAUUUGCAAUCUAUGGGGCCCCUUCAACAGGCUCCCUUCCCCUGCAGCAGUUUCUCAAGAUUGGCCUAUAGUUGUUACUGACUUAAAAGACUGCUUUUAUACUAUUCCCCUUGCAGAACAGGACAGAGAAAAAUGUGCAUUUACAAUACCAGCUAUCAAUAAUGAAAGGCCAGCUCAUCCAUUUUAUUAGAAAGUACUUUCUCAAGGAAUGCUGAACAGUCCUAUCAUGUGUCAGUAUUAUGUAAAUCAGGCUUUGCUCCCCAGUAGAAAAUAAUAUCCUAGUUGCAAGAUUAUUCAUUUUAUGGAUGAUAUUUUACUAGCAGCCCCAAUGGAGCCAGUACUUUUGAGUUUAUAUGCCUCUGUCGUAAGGAGUACACAGUUAAGAGGUUUAAUCAUAGCACCUGAAAAAGUACAGAUGUCCUCACCUUAGAAAUAUCUUGGAUACAUACUAACUUCCUGGUCAAUAAGACCUCAAAAGGUUAAAUUAAAUACUAGCAAGUAACAUACCUUAAAUAAUUAUCAAAAAUUGCUAGGCGAUAUUAACUGUCUUAGCCCCACCUUGGGCAUAACUACUGAUAAAUUGCAGAACCUGUUUUCUAUCCUAAAAGGCAGCAUAGCCCUAGACUCUCCCAGGUAUUUAACCCCCACAGCAAAAAGAGAAAUUGAGGAAAUCAAGCUAUUUCUCAGAGGCAACUAGAUCGCAUAGACUCACAAUACUCAGUCCAAUUGUUUGUUCUUCCUAUUAAACAUUUCCCCUACAGGAUUAAUAGGACAGAUGGCCCUGGGGCUGCAUUUGCUAGAAUAGGCUUUUUGCUCACAUACCGGGACUAAAACACUAUCUCCCUAUAUCCAGCUAGUUAGUAAAGUCAUCUAUACAAGCAGCAGAUGAUGCCAUCAGUUGCUAGGUUAUGACCCUGAUGUCAUGAGAAUUCCCUUGAGUAAAAAACAAUUUGAAGCAGUCUUCCCUUAUCUCUAGACCUUCAGCUAGCACUCUCUGAUUAUGCAGGCCAUAUAAAACAUGCCCUUCCUGCUGACAAACUACUUCAGUUCUUAUCUAGUACUCCUGUAGUUAUUCCUACAAAGGUAGUUCCCUCCCCCAUACCUAAUGCUGUAAUGCUUUUUACUGAUGGCUCUUGUAAAAAUGGAAAAGUGGCUAUCUGGUGGAAACCACAUAACUCCUUCAGUCCAUCUAGAUUUUCUAGUACUCAGAGAGUUGAGGUUGGAGCCCUACUAUAGGCCCUACUUAUUUAUUUAUUGCAGAACCUUGAAACAGCCCUCAUUAAGUCUACUCUUGAGCCCACUCUGUGUGCCUUUUUUCUUUGACUUCAGCAAUUGCUAGAUCAGUGUACACAUUCUAUUUUUAUCACACAUAUUUGAGCCCACAGCUCACUGCCUGACCCACUGGCUUAUGGCAAUGAUCAAGCAGACCUGCAGGUUAUGACGUCACUGCUUAACCAAGCCACCCAAUCACAUCAAUUUUUCUACCAAAAUUAGAGAAGCUUAACAAUGUCAACUUACCCAAAGACUAGCUAAACAAAUUAUCCUGCAAUGCCCAGAUUGCCAGCUCACAGGCACGUCCCCUCCUUUAACAGGUGUUAACCCUAGAGGACUAGAACCUAAUCAGUUAUGGCAAACAGAUGUUACACACGUCCCUGAAUUUGGAAAACUAAGAUAUGUACAUGUAUCCAUUGACACCUAUUCUCACCUAAUUACCACACAUGCUCUUCCUGGAAAGUCCACCAGAUCUGUCAUUAAACAUCUUCUUUUAACUUUUAUGUUUAUGGGGCUGCCCACAAAAAUUAAAACUAAUAAUGGUCUGGCUUACGCCAGCUCACUCAACAAUUUUGUCACACUUGGAUCAUCCAACAUUCCACAGGCAUCCCGUACAACCCCCAAGGACAGGCCGUAGUAGAACUUGCCCACCUCACCCUUAAAAAUAUGCUCAGAAAACAAAAAAGGGAGAAUAUGAGUAGACCCUGCAACACUACUAGCACAAGCCUUAUUUACCCUUAAUUUCUGAAAUUUAGAUGAUAAGUUUCAGUUAGCUAUAGAAAAGCACUUUGCUAAAACCUCGACAUAAAACCGCAAUUUUAUGGAAAGAUGUAAAUAGUAAUAUAUGGCAUGGUCCAAAUGUUUUGCUAACAUGGGGAAGAGGAUAUGCUUGUGUUCACAUCCCCUCAGGCCCUCUUUGGAUUCCAGCACGACGCAUCAAACCUUACCAUAGUGGGGCUAGGACCCAACCUGGUACCAGAAAUGAAGGAAACAACCCUGCAGGCCCCGCAGCCUCUGCAGGCCCCGCAGCCCCCACAGCCCCGGA